AUGGUUCUCACGAGUUGCAUUCGCGUCUACACCAUCAUGGCCGACCAACCGCAACCGUCCUCACCAAAACGUUGCAAUCACGCAGAAACCCGCAUCCUAAGCUACCAAGACAUAGACUACUCUGGUCCAUUGAAACCCGAGAUCUCUUCCCUCGCGGCCCAACUGCCAUGUUUCUCUAGAGUCUACGGAGUACGCCCCCUCUCGCUCGUUCUUUUGUAG